CGGAGGAGGGUUUCGGGCUGCCGCCUCGCCCGGGCUUUUAGUUCGGGGUCUUGGGGGUGCAAAACGGGUCCCGUUCGUUGCGGCUCGCCGCCGGCGUCAUGGCGCAAAGGGCCUUCCCGAACCCCUACGCCGACUAUAACAAAUCCCUGGCCGAAGGCUACUUUGACGCCGCUGGGAGGCUGACCCCUGAGUUCUCACAGCGCUUGACCUGUAAGAUUCGAGAACUCCUUCAGCAAAUGGAGAAAGGCCUCAAGUCAGCAGACCCUCGGGAUGGCACUGGUUACACGGGCUGGGCAGGGAUUGCGCUGCUUUACUUACAUCUCUAUGAGGUGUUCGGGGACCCUGCCUACCUGCAGAUGGCUCAUGGCCACGUCAAGCAAAGCCUAAACUGUCUGAGCAAGCGCUCCAUCACCUUCCUGUGUGGGGACGCGGGGCCCCUGGCCGUGGCUGCUGUGCUCUAUCACAAGAUGAACAGCGACAAGCAGGCAGAGGACUGCAUCACACGGUUAAUUCACCUAAAUAAGAUUGAUCCCCAUGUUCCAAAUGAAAUGCUGUAUGGACGCAUAGGCUACAUCUAUGCUCUUCUUUUCAUCAAUAAGAACUUUGGAGAGGAGAAGAUUCCUCAAAGUCAUAUUCAGCAGAUUUGUGAAACAAUUUUGACCUCCGGGGAAAGUCUCGCUCAAAAGAGAAACUUCACAGCAAAGUCUCCACUGAUGUACGAAUGGUACCAAGAAUAUUAUGUUGGGGCUGCCCAUGGCCUGGCAGGAAUUUAUUACUACUUGAUGCAGCCCAGCCUUCAAGUGAACCAUGGGAAGUUAUAUGGUCUAGUCAAGCCCAGCGUGGACUUCGUUUGCCAGCUGAAAUUCCCUUCAGGCAACUACCCGCCCUGUGUGGAUGAUAACCGGGAUCUGCUGGUGCACUGGUGCCACGGCGCCCCCGGCGUCAUCUACAUGCUCAUCCAGGCCUACAAGGUGUUCAAAGAGGAGCAGUACCUCUCUUAUGCCUACCAGUGUGCUGAUGUGAUCUGGCAGUAUGGGCUGCUGAAGAAGGGAUAUGGGCUGUGCCAUGGAGCUGCUGGAAAUGCCUAUGCCUUCCUGGCACUAUACAACCUCACACAGGAUAUGAAGUACCUGUACCGGGCCUGCAAGUUUGCUGAGUGGUGCUUAGAUUAUGGAGAACAUGGAUGCAGGACCCCGGACACCCCCUUCUCGCUCUUUGAAGGAAUGGCUGGAACAAUAUACUUCCUGGCCGACCUGCUAGUUCCUAUGAAAGCCAAAUUCCCUGCGUUUGAACUGUAAAAGGAGAGCAGCUAUCGUGGCCUGAAGCCUGACCCUCCUGCGCACUCACAUCUGGGCUGUGUGCUUCUGUUGCUUUUCAAGGAAAUACAGAAUCUAGCUGUGUA